UGCUCCGUAACCUCUUCUGUGUCGCUCAACUAGAAUUAGCCCUGUAGAUUUAGCCUUUAGCAUCGAUGUUCAGGUCUCUCUGACAAAACCCUCCAAAUUUUCUUCGCGUACACACACAACCACACACACCUCAUGUUUCUUUAGCAGUCUGGGUGUUGUGCAGGCGAAGAGAAACAACAUUGGCAGAGACGACCUGUGUGCGGCUACAUGUGUGACCGUUUACUCGCGGCUUCCCACACAGCCUUAGCUAACGGCUAGAUCUAUUAGGUGGACUUUCAUCACUAUUUUUGCCAUCAUUUCCCUUUUUUAUUUAUUUAUUUAUUUUGUGGCAGCUUCAGGUCAACUAGCUAAAGUCACACAGGAUUUUACUUUUUGUUUACUUGUUAACAAGGACAAUUGAUUUUUUCAAAGACUUCUUUAGCCAUUUUUGCUAAUUCAAAAAAAGCUUCGGUUUUUGUUGUAGUUGGAUCUCAUUAGUCACGAUGUGGGAGUUCCGCUCUAUGAUGUUCUGGCGGGCGGUGUUUGCCGAGUUUUUCGGCACCAUGUUCUUCGUGUUCUUCGGGAUGGGUGCAGCGCUGCGCUGGACCUCCGGGCCUUACCAUGUCUUUCACACUGCCCUCUGCUUCGGUUUUGCUGCUGCCACUCUAAUCCAAUCCAUCGGCCACAUCAGCGGAGGACACAUCAAUCCGGCCGUCACCUUUGCCUACUUAGUCGGCUCUCAGAUGUCCCUGUUCCGAGCUUUCUUCUACAUUUGUGCCCAGUGCCUGGGGGCCAUGGCAGGAGCCGCGGCCCUCUAUGGAGUUACACCCAACAACAUGAGAGGAACACUGGCACUUAACACGUUGCAGCCUGGCAUAAGUCUGGGAAUGGCGACCACAGUGGAGGUGUUUCUCACCAUGCAGUUGGUGGUCUGCGUCUUCGCCGUCACAGAUGAGAGACGAAAUGGGCGCCUGGGUUCUGCCGCUCUGUCCAUUGGCUUUUCUAUUACCAUGGGCCACCUGAUGGGGAUGUACUACACUGGUGCUGGUAUGAACCCAGCCAGGUCUUUCGCUCCUGCUGUUAUCAUGAGGAAUUUCAUCAAUCACUGGGUGUACUGGGUGGGGCCCAUGAUUGGAGGCGCUAUGGGUGCCAUCCUGUAUGAUUUCAUGCUGUUUCCCCGUAUGCGGGGUCUCUCCGAGCGGCUAGCCACUCUCAAGGGCAGCCGACCCCCAGAGGCCGAAAACCAGCAGGAGACCCGCGGGGAGCCCAUCGAGCUGAAGACUCAAACCCUAUAAACCUGCUAAAAACCUGUGGACCGAUCUGGCUCAACCUCACUGGACCAUCUCACCGCCCCAAGCAACAGCCAAUACACCUCAGUUAAAACAUACGUCAUGACAUCAAAAUAAAAACCCACAAAGAGGGUCGCAUAUCUACACUAAAAUCAUUAAGGGGGCUGAAAAAAGUACAGUAC